UUGAGUUGCCAUACGCGAAGGACAUAGGUGCAGGAUACACGGCGCGACAAGACCUCACGCGUUGCCCUUCGAACUCUUAUUGAUAAAUGGACUCGGCAAUUUAAAUAAUUCAUCUCUGUUUUAUCGCUUCGCAUAGCGCCACUUGCUACGACGUCUGGUUUAGUGUCGAUGAAAUCAACAAUAACCCUAGAAGACGUAGUGAAUAAAUUAGAUCACGUUCUUCCCUUAACAACAAGAAUGCCGAACAUCAAAGUUUUUAGCGGCAGCUCGCAUCCUGAUCUGGCUCAAAAGAUUGUCGACCGUUUGGGCAUCGAUCUCGGUAAAGUUGUAACCAAAAAAUUCAGUAAUAUGGAAACGUGCGUUGAAAUAGGAGAAUCGGUACGCGGCGAAGAUGUGUACAUCGUACAAAGCGGCAGCGGAGAGAUCAACGACAACCUAAUGGAGCUCCUGAUUAUGAUUAACGCUUGUAAAAUAGCGUCUGCAUCGCGAGUGACCGCCGUCAUACCUUGCUUCCCGUACGCGCGGCAAGACAAAAAAGACAAGAGCAGAGCCCCGAUCACGGCCAAACUCGUUGCCAACAUCCUUUCAGUGUCUGGAGCCGAUCACAUCAUCACUAUGGAUCUUCAUGCGUCGCAAAUUCAAGGAUUCUUUGAUAUUCCGGUAGAUAACCUCUUUGCCGAACCCGCAGUGUUAAAAUGGAUCAAAGAAAACAUACCGGACUGGAAAACAAGCAUUGUUGUGUCCCCUGAUGCUGGUGGUGCUAAAAGGGUGACAUCUAUUGCAGAUCGUUUGAAUGUUGAAUUUGCUUUGAUCCACAAAGAGAGAAAGAAGGCCAAUGAAGUAGCCUCUAUGGUGCUUGUUGGUGAUGUUAAAGACAGAACUGCCAUUUUAGUAGACGACAUGGCCGACACUUGUGGCACGAUUUGCCAUGCUGCCGAAAAAUUGAUAGAAGCUGGUGCUACUAAAGUGUAUGCUAUUUUGACUCAUGGUAUUUUUUCGGGACCUGCAAUAUCCAGAAUUAACAAUGCUUGUUUAGAAGCUGUUGUUGUCACAAACACAAUACCCCAGGAGAGGCACAUGCAAGAAUGUCCAAAAAUACAAUGCAUUGACGUGUCAAUGAUGCUGGCAGAGGCUGUCAGACGUACACACAAUGGGGAAUCUGUUUCAUACCUCUUCUCUAAUGUUCCAUAUUAGUAUUUUGUAUUUUACUUUUUACUUAUCUUAGGUUAAGUUUUUCAACAAUGUUAUUGCUGCUUGCAAAAUAGAUACGAAUAAAUAUACAGGAUGUCUUUGUUGACCGGCCAUUGCUAGGCUUAAUAUGGUUUUAUUGAAACAGUGAUAUUUCAACAUGACCUGUUUGAUAAUAAACUAUUCAUGUAUGUACAUGGAAAGUUAAAGAUUCUAAUUUUAUAACUUUAGCAUAUUAAGAUGAAGUUGAUGGAGUAUGAAAUUAUAGGAAUAAUCUCUAAACAAAAUUUUACAUUUCAAUUGAUGACUUUGUAAUAGUUUUGCAUUUAAUUUUGUUUGUUUUGUUCUAAUGAAUUAAUAACAUUAAUAAAAGACAAUAUUUAAGGAAGCAAUGUUAAAAUGUUGUUUAUUUUACAUUUUCAUUGUUAUUCGAACCUAAUGUAAUUUGUAAAAUGAAUUGAAUUUCAUAGAGUUCGCAAAAACAGGUUCAUCAGAAAGAAUGACCAGUGACAGUUUUGUUUUAAAAAUCACAUGGAGUAUUAAAUAUGUAAAGAAAAUCAGUUUGAAAAGCUUUCGUGCCCUUUUAAAGCUGCAGUGUUUUAGUAUCUAGAAUCAAAUGAAAGCAUUUUGAUUUGUAGAUUUGUAGAUUUGUAUUGCUAUGAAAUUCAAUUCAUUAUCACACUAGAUUGAUUUAGCAAAAUCAUUUACAUGUUUAAGUUAUAGAUAGUUUAAUAGCUCUUAGAUACUAAAUAGAGUUUGCCAUUAAACAUAAUAAUUGGUUAAUUAGUAUGGAAUUUAUUAAGAAAAAAUAUAAGUACAUUGGUACUAUUAAAAAAUAAUAAUGAUAAUAUGUAUUUUACAUGAGAUUUUUCUAAAUUUAUAGAAUCUGUUAUGUAUAUUUGGUCAAUAUACCUACUAUUAUAAUAAAAAAAACAUUUUGUCUAUAUUUGUCACAGUAAUAUGAUUAUGCUUUGUUUGCAGUUUACAACUAACAUGACAACAGCUUAUAUUAACAAAUGAUAAUAUUUGUUUAUUUCCAAACCACACUUCAUAUUUUGGGAGUAAUUAAAUCUGCAUGAUAAGUGAAUGGUCAGUAUAAACAACAAACUGCGUCACUAGAUAGUAAACGUAUCGUUCGCAUUAUGAUUGUGCUCUUUAAUCUUACAUCAUUAUUCCGUAU